GUUGGUUCAAAAACAACUACUGUCUAAGCUAAUGUCUAAUGCUAACGUCGGGGUUAGUGAUUCAAGAUGAACCAGUCAUCGGACACAGAUAUUGAUGCCAAAGUGGAAAAACUGAAGAAGAAGUAUCUUGAAAAGACACAACUGACUGACACUGCUGAAACCACUGACCACAAAUCAACACAUGACACCGAAAACGUUACGAGCACGGCGUUGACGUCUCCAACCAGACGUUGCUACUACCGCGAGAUCAAAUCCCACAAUAAAAAUUUGCAAGAGCUCUUGAAAGCUGUCACACGUCUUCCACUGCGGCUUGACAGUAAACACGCUUCGGAUGAGAGUGAUGAUGACUUGAAUAUUGAAUGCACUCACUCCAUGUUAGAGCCCAACAUCCAGUGUACAGAGACCGAUGUGACCCUACCCUCCAACGUCAGGGCAUUUUCAAGUCCUUCUGAGACAGAGCAUUUGGGCGAAAGACCUAAAAAUCAAAGACAGCCCUCCCCAUAUCUUCCCUCAUCUGCAUCAAGUCUCGGACAUGUCUACCAAGAGCUACUGGAGAUUUAUGAAAAGUUGCAAGUGGAGCGUCUCAGUCAGCAGCAAUGGGCUGCCAAGCUGCUAAAACAAGAGCAGCAGCUGGAGCAGAGGGAGAAGCUGCUGCUGCAGCACGAGGAGACCCUGCACAGCGUGUGUGGGGUGCAGGGGGAGGCGCACGGCCGCAUCCGCGCACGACAGCAGCAACAUCAAAUAGAGUUUGAGCAAUUGAACUUUGCUCUCAAAGAGAAGACAAAAGAGGGCAAGAGGCUCAAAUCAAGCUUCGUCACCAUCAAAGAUUUAAACGAAUCCUUGAAAAAACAGCUAACAGAUCUUAGUGAACAGAAAAAGAAAUUAGAGGACCAGUUAAAGAAAGUACAAGCCCGUCUACAGAACCUCCAGAGAAAGUAUGACUAUGCUGUGGCACAUAAAGGACAGGGAAAUGUUUGUCCAAAAAUGGAACUGAAACCCUCCAGACCUGAUAAGACUGACAAAUCUGUGCCUACUGUAAAACCAGUGAAGACACCAGGAAGCGGCACCUCUGGGAAGCUUCUGGCUCUCCUCCUGGACUGGGUUUUGGACAGCCAGCUGGUCCAGACUGUUGCGGGCGACGGCAAGAGCGGUCCUUUCCUACUUGAUAUGCCUCCCUCGGCCACGUCCCUCCACGAGAGGUGUGCAAAGACUUUGCCAGUGCUUACCGAACAACUUCAACAGGCUACAGAGAUCAACUCAUCCUUACAUCUACUCCUACUUAAAGUCAGCUACUGGUCUUUGAAGCAGUUGGAUCAGAGUUCCCAGACUCCGUUGACGUCCACCUUGCGGAGAUUAGGAGAGGAAAUGACCAAAGGCUCUCCGGACCCGAGUGCUCCCAGCAAGAGCAGGCCCUGCCCUCUGUUCAAAAGCCCAUGCCUUCACACAAGGUUCCUGUCUAUGCUGAUCAUCCUCAAAACCAUCUCUCAGGUGGACACGCUGGCCCAGGCUCUGGAGGCCCUGCUGGUGGAGCUGAGGGCGGAGGAGGGCCAGGCCCUGUUCCUGCACUACCAGGCCCUGCCCGUGGUGUCGGCGCUGCUCAGGGGGGGCAGCCCCGGCCUGCUGGCCCCCGCGCUGGACGUCCUCAUGCUCAUGUGUGGAGAGUCCUGGAUGCAGACUCAGUUCCUGGAGGCCUGCAGCACGGAGGACUUGUUCCGCACGGCCGCGCUGCUGCUGCGCAACCCUCGUCUGGAGCUGCCGCUGCUGGAGAAGGUCAUCAUGCUGCUGCAGAGACUCUCGCCCCUCAGGAAAAACAAGCGGCUGUUCGAGGCGUUCUCGCUUCACCUCGCGCUGCAGGAGAAGUACAGGACGGUUGACCCGACGCACACCUUCCUCCGUAUCAACCUCAGCUCCAUCCUCUUCAACCUGGGCAUGUUGACACGGCCGUAGACACACUCUCAAAAAAGGAAGCGUCGGAAAUAACACAUUGAUGUGUUUAGGUAAGAACAACACAGCUUGUGUUGUUUUGCAACACAAGUUGUGUUAUUUGUUACACAACGUGUGUUGAAAAUAACACAACUUGUGUUGGAAAACAACAAAAACUGUGUUGUCCUUACCUACCUAACACAUCCUUUUUGAGAGUGCACGCAGCCUUUUCCCCCUGCUUGUUCUCGCUCUCCUCUUGGGAGAUCUCUUUUCCAGUCGGCCGCACGGCCCAGUCUGUGCGUUUUAACAUUAUGAAGGCAUAUGCCACUAAGUAAUGUUUGUAAAUGUUAAGUUUGUAAAUGUGUUUUUUUUUUUUUUUUACUUUAUUGUGACAAUAUUAACUGAAUGUCUUUGAGGCAUUGACAGUUUUCCACAACUGCUGUCGCUACAAUUUACUGUAGGUUCUGUGGCCUUGCACUAUUCCAAUCAUGUGUUUAUGUGUGUGUGUUUUGUAUUUAUUUUUCAUAGGCUCUGUGCUAAUUAAAGCCUUCAAGAGAAAA